UAUCGAAGAUAUAUUAGUAACAUAUACAUAAAAAAUACGAAAAAAUGUGUAUGACAAUGCCAGAACGUUGGACGAACAGCAGCAAUUUUUGUUUAAUAGAAACCCAAUUUCAUUUAAAAAAAUACCGACAUUUUUUGAAUUGGAAACCAAACGAAUCCAUUCUAGAAGUUGGAUUUGCAAGUGGAUACAACUCUUCUCAAUCUUUGCAACCAAUCUUACCAAAAGAUUACAAAGAAUUUGUGGCUACUGAUAUUUCUGAUGUUAUGAUUGACUAUGCUAGAGAGCAUUGUGAUAUUCCUAAAUCGAAAUUUUAUCAAAUGGAUAUAGGAGGAAGCAUUGAUGAGAAAUUUUGGGAAAGAUUUGACCACGUCUUUUCGUUUAUAGUAAUGCAUCUGGUGAAAAAUCCUAGUAAAGCCUUCAAUAAUAUUCAUAAAAUGCUAAAACUAGGCGGCAUGGCUUUCCUUACGUUUUUUGACAAAAUACCAUGCGAUAGUAUGUUCGAUGAGCUAUCGCGUCAUCCAAAAUGGAGCAAAUACGGUCAAGAAGAUAUGAUUUCUAGUUACUUUUACAGCUCAAAUCCGGAAGAGGAAUACAAGAAAGAUUUAGAAGCAGCCGGAUUUAAAAAUUACGUUUUUGAAGUGGAAAAAGGGUCUUACAACUUUUCUUCUGAACAAGAAUGCAAUGGUGAAGUAAUAUUAAAAAAUCACAUAAAUAUGAUUGACGAAAUCACUAGUGAUACGAACACUGAAAAUAACUGGAAAACAGUUGUUAAUAAAAAGCGUAAUAGAAGACAAACUGUAGUAGGGAGCAAUCGCGAACAAAAUGAAGUAGAAGGAGUUGAAGGUAGAGAAUGCGAGGAGACAGAUUCGGGGCUGAAACCGGGACCCUAUAAGAGGUUUACUCACAAGUGGUUGGAAAGUAAAACCAACUAA